GCCGAAAGAAUUAGAAAACAAAUUGAAUCUGAGUACAACGAAGCAAAACGUCAAUUGGACACUUUCGUAGUGGAAGAAACCGAUUUGAGCGCAGUGAAGAAGAGGAUUGAAGCUGAUAUCCUUCUGUACAGAAUUCUGAAUGAUAUUCAGGCUGAUUUGGAUGAAGCCAAUAAUGAGCUGAAAGCUUCCGAAGAACGUACAAAGAAUGCAGCGGCUGAAGCAGCACGUCUCAGCGAAUUGCUACGCCAAGCCCAAGAAACCAGCCAGAUGGCAGAUAGACAUCGAAAACAACUCGAGACGAAUAUCAAAGAAUUGCAAUCGAGAGUGGACGAUACUGAACUGACCAAGAUAAAAGUUGUUCAGAAAGAAACGUCGAAAGCAGAGCGUCGAAUUAAGGCCGUAAGCUCGGAACUGGAGAAUCAACAACGUCGUUAUCAAGACACUCAAACGACCAUCAAAAAACAAGAUCGAAAAAUACGUGAACUCGAAUUCCAACUCGAUGAAAAUAAGAAACGCUAUGUGCUAAUGCAAGAAACCAUUGAUAAACUUCAACAGAAAACAAAACAGCAGAAGAAACUCGUUGACGAAGCGGUCAGUUAUUGUUUCAAUUAUUGUAUUCACCUUUAG